AUGGGUAAACACGCUCUUGUACUUGGUGGCUACGGGAAAGUGGCCCAGAUUCUGACGCAGGUGCUGCUAAGAGACUCAUGGACUGUUACGAGUGUUAUCCGGACAAAGGAUCAAGUCCCUCAGAUCGAGAGCUUGGCACCUGCAGGAGAGAACAACUUGAACGUCCUUGUUCACAGCAUCGAGGAUGUCCAAGACGUCUCUCAGGCUAAAGGACUCCUCUCCAAAGUGAAGCCUGUCGUUGUGGUCUGGAGCGCCGGUGCCGGUGGGAAGGGUGCACCUGAACGAACAUUUGCUAUUGAUCGAGAUGCCGCCAUCAACUUCAUCAAGGCCGCUGUCGAAACGCCCACUAUCAACAAGUUCAUCCUCAUCUCCUAUCUGGCCUGCCGUCAAAGGCCCCCUCACUGGUGGAACGACUCAUCAUGGAAAUACGCUCAAGAGAUGCAAGGCGGAUAUCUCAAGAACUACUGCAAGGCAAAAUUGGCUGCAGAUGAGAUUUUGCUCCAAGAAGCAUCCAAGCGAGCCGACUUUGUAGGGAUAAGUCUCCGACCUGGCAUGUUGUCGGAUGAACCAACAGGGCAUGUUGAAUUGGGGAAGACCAACGGAUCGGAGGGCCACGUGAGUCGUGCAUCAGUGGCAGAAACCAUCGUUUCGCUGCUGAAUCACGAAGAGGUGCAAACGUGCUGGUUGGAUAUGCUUGACGGUGAUCAAGAUGUUGAGACUGCUGUUGACAGCGUUGUGAAGAACCGAGACAACGCGGCCGAGGGUGAGGACGUUUACUUGGUGUAG